GCCAUCACCGUGGGACUUCUGCGGCGGAAUCUGCUUCCAGCGUCGAGUUUCAGUUUCUCAGUCCAUCCAGAUACAGAGGGUCCUGUCCUGUUCUCUUCGUUGCCUGCAAACAACUCCGGUGAUGUGGAAGCAUCUCUGGAGUCCAUUCUGUUGGUGUUCGAUGAGGAAAUUGAGGCGGUUCAGAGUGACUUUAGCGUGCUGGGCAGCGCUUUGUUACGACCCAUGGAAGUGCCGCAGCUGGAGAUGCCUCCAGGAGAAAUCGACUUGAAUCCGGAAGUUGGAAUACUUACCUUGACCUUCAAUGUAGACAUCGAGGCGGGUCAUGGCUUCUUCCAUAUCUUGCAACGCUCGGACACGGGCACGCUGCGUCACUGA